UCACAAUAUGCUAAUAUUUUGAGAAGGACCUGUACAUUCUUUCCUCCUCAUUUUUUUGACUGCUUGUCAGUAGUUUUGCAUUUGACCAGGAUAAGUGUCACUACAGGUAGCAUGAGGUGAUACCUUUACCCUACAGAGAUUACACAGACAGUCCAAUUCCACCAGGAUGGCAUAUCAAUAGGUGCCAUUGCCUGAAGGUAUACUGUGUCUUUCAGCACAGUCUCAAGAGCAUUGAGACAGGCAUCAUUCCGAGUCCAGCGCCUUACCUCGAGUACCGCUUUUUUUGUUUCAUUUCACUUCAGAUUUUUCACUGUUCUAAUAAUUAUGAACAUUGUAAAAUCGAGUGCCAUCAAAACCAACAUGUGCUUAAUUUCGCCUCUGUGAAAAUUAGAAUCCGUACAUUUGUAGGUCAUUAAAAUGAUAAUAUGGUAAAUAUUUAUGUUAUAAAUAUCAAGGUUAUCAAAUUUAAAGUUGCCCGUUUUCAUUCCCUGCCUUGAUGUUAGCGCCUCCAUUUGUACCACUUCAGUUUUAUCAUUCAUCACGUUCACAGUGUAAUUUUUGUUAUUUCCAGCAGAUCGGAAUACGGCAGCAGCCCUGGAGCAACAGUGGAGUACAUGUAGUCCAUAGCCAGUCCAUAUUUAUAUAGCACAUUUCUCAGACUGCAGUCACAAAGCGAUUCACAGUAAAAAUACAUUUAAAGCAAGAAUAAAAUUAAAUAAAUACAUCAUAACAACAUACAGUCGGUCAAAACAGCCCAGGGAGGUUAUGAUGCUCAUUUCAAAUAAAAAGAGCCAUUCUAGAGGGGUAAAGAGUUGCAUGGAAUGGAUUACAGCAUAAAUGACAAGCGAUAAGCCCUUUUGCCUGUGAAAAGGAAACGUCUCAACGAGGGAAUUCAGCAGCAUUCAACAAAAAAUUUACAGAAGGCCAACAGGUUGGGAGGCCAAACAAAGCAAAUAUGUCCUAACACAUAGAAUAAAAUAUAUAUUAGAAUGGAUUCCAAACAUAGCUGCUUUAUAUACUUCAUUAUCAGUACAUCUCUGAAUCAAUUCUCCUCUGCGGGGAAACAACCCGGAUAUACUGCAAAAUGAAAAGCAUCUCAACAUGGUUGAACAGAGAUGGUGGAUUCUGCAUAAUAAAAUCUGUAUGGCGUAACACCAGUAGAUGGGCAACAUUCAAGAAAACAAUCAUUAAAAGAACUGACACCCUGAAAUGUUAUGAAUGUUCAGAGGAACUCUCUGGGACUUGCACUGAGAAAACAACAGAAUGUCCCUCACAGAGUUAUCAGUGUGUAGUAGGAAGAUCACUCGUAUUUGGAGGUGGCAGACAGAUUUCUGAUGUCAAGACCAAAGGUUGUACAGUGCCUGAACAGUGUCUUGAGUACUCCAUCAACUUUGGAGUUUCCAAAACUGUGCAAAAGAACACGUGCUGUAGUACAGAGCUGUGCAACAACCAAUCACCUGACUACAAAUCCAUUCCAAAUGGCAAAAAGUGCUUCAGCUGUGACAAACAAAACUGCACUUCAACUCUUAAUUGUGAAGGGGAUGAAAACUACUGCAUCAAAGCAAUAGUGAAUUCAGGAGGACAAACCGUGACACUAAAGGGCUGUGCCUCCAAGUUGAUGUGCUCAGAUCAGGUAACUUCACUGAUGAAACACUUCAGUGGAGCGCAGUUUAGCUGCUGCCAGGGUAACUACUGCAACAGCGCCAGCACGGCCAGUCCCAUCCUGCUGCACUUGUUGGUGCCAUUGUUUUUUUCGGUCUUUUUUUUGUAGCUGAAAUAAAUUAUUUUACUUUUCUUUUUUACCUUGAAGCAUCAUUCACUCGGCAAAUGUACUGUUAUUACUUUAGCUGAUUUGUUUAAUAAUGUAAAGAUAUGCUUUACCAAGCAAUUUAAAAAAAAUGCUCUAUAUUGUUUUGUUGUUGUUUAAACAUAAAACAUAUCUUUCUCAAUAAAAGCAAGAAAAAAUCUA